CAGAGUUACCCAGAUAUUAUGCAGUCCAUUGGAGAGGGGGCCAAGGAGUGGAUUCGGGAAUGCCAGCAUCAAUUCCGUCAUCAUCGCUGGAACUGCAGCACUUUGGACAGAGACCAUACAGUCUUCGGCAGAGUCAUGCUUCGAAGUAGCAGGGAAGCCGCCUUCGUCUAUGCAAUCUCCUCAGCUGGAGUUGUAUAUGCCAUCACCCGAGCCUGCAGCCAAGGCGAGCUUAAGGCCUGCAGUUGUGAUCCACACAAGCGGGGCCGCUCCAAGGAUGAAAGAGGGGAAUUUGACUGGGGGGGCUGCAGUGACAACAUCAACUAUGGGAUCAAAUUUGCAAAGGACUUUGUGGAUGCCAAGGAAAAAACUGUCAAGGAUGCCCGGGCCUUGAUGAACCUGCAUAAUAAUCGCUGUGGUAGAACGGCUGUGAAGCGUUUCCUGAAACUAGAGUGCAAAUGUCAUGGUGUCAGUGGCUCCUGCACUUUAAGGACUUGCUGGUUGGCAAUGUCAGACUUCCGCAAAACAGGAGAUUACCUCCGGAAAAAGUACAAUGGCGCCAUUCAAGUAACCAUGAACCAGGAUGGCACUGGAUUUACUGUGGCUAAUAAGAACUUCCGGAAACCCACAAAAACUGACCUUGUAUACUUUGAGAACUCACCUGAUUACUGUGUGAUGGACAAAUCUGCAGGUUCAUUAGGGACAGCUGGACGAGUGUGCAACAAGGUAUCACGCGGGACCGAUGGUUGUGAAGUCAUGUGCUGUGGCCGAGGUUAUGACACAACCCGAGUGACACGAGUCACCAAAUGCGAGUGUAAAUUUCACUGGUGCUGUGCUGUACGCUGCAAGGAAUGUGAGGACACUGUGGACAUUCACACAUGUAAAGCACCAAAGAGGGCAGAAUGGGUUGACCAAACCUGAGACAGUGAUGGACAGAGACAGUGGAACGUAAAACUGGCACAGUGCCGCCCACAGGCCUGGGCAUUUUGGGAGUCGUAGUUCAACUGCAUGGCUUUUAUUUAAAUUAAUUCUGCAAAGCACUAAGGUGAAGACUACAUUUCCCAUGGGGAUACUGAGCUCUUCUGCUCAGCCAACAGAACUUAUCCCCUACUU